AUGGAAGAUAUUGCAGUAACAAAUUUUCGGAAAUAUCUUCGAAUCAACACUGAGCAUCCUAAUCCCAAUUACGUCAUUGUUUUAACGCUUCGCGGGACAAAUCCAGAUCUACCUUCUUUGGUACUGAAUUCUCACAUUGACGUUGUGAGUUUUAAUUUUCAGGGACAUUGGAGUUAUGAUCCUUAUGAAGCAUAUAAAGACUCGAAAGGAAGAAUAUAUGGUCGAGGUACUCAGGAUAUGAAAUCCAAUGGAAUUCAGUAUAUCGAAGCUCUGCGUAGGUUAUUCAAAAAAAGCAUUAAGCAGUUUUUACGGACAGUUCAUUUGCUAUUCGUUCCAGACGAAGAAAUUGGAGGAGUAGAUGGAAUGGCGAAGUUUGUUGAGACAGAAGAAUUCAAACAGUUAAACGUUGGAUUUGCUUUAGAUGAGGGGAACGCAAGCGAAACUGAAGAGUUCAAUGUCUUUUAUGCUGAACGAUCGCCUUGGUGGUCAAUAGUUACUUGUCGAGGUCGACCGGGGCAUGGAUCUCUUUAUCAAGAAGGUACUGCAUCGGAGAAAUUUAGAAAAGUGAUUAACUCCUUUCUAUCAUUUGCGGAUGAACAGAAAAAAUUAUUGCAGUCUGAUGCUUCUUUAAGAAUUGGUGAUGUAAUUACAGUUAAUUUGACAAAAGUUGAGGUAGGUGUAGAUUUUAUGCAAUCUUUUUUUAGAGAUGAAGUAUUCAACCAUACCAUUUUUCUGAAGAACUUAAAGCGGCCUUUUCAGAAGGGAGUCAUGGCAAUUGGUUUCAGCCCAAUAAACAAUACUCCGGUUCUGUUGCAUGACCAUGAUGAAUUCCUUGAUGAAAAAGUUUUUCUAAAAGGGGUCAAAAUUUAUGAACAACUUAUUUUAAAUCUGGCGAACGUUCCUCCUAAUUUAUGA